ACGCAGCUUGGGACCGUUGCAUGUCUGCUAAAUACAGCCCGGGACCACCCAAAUUUCCCCUGGGCCCUGUGGACCCACUUGGUGAAAUCUGUCAUAUCGUGAUGAUUUGACGUCAUGCAGCUCAUGCUUUAAAUAGACGUUGAUUUACGCCAUUAUUAAUUUGGUUUCGAAGAGGAUUAUUUAAAUAAGGGGAAAAACCGGCCGGGAGCAUCAUCGUCAGCGGGUGGAGCCAAAACAAAGCCUGGGGAAGGCGGUCUGCUUGGACGGUCCGUGGCGGACACGUCCUGCAAUUUGGACUUUUUCGCCGUUUUCUGGUCCUUUAAACGCUGCGCAUGAGUUCGGACGACAUGGAUUAUUCAGGUGCACAAGAACGUGCACACUUUCAGAGGAUUGUUCAGGCUUUCAAAUCAUACAGAAGUCAUGCCCUUAAGCAUGUGAAGGAACGUGAGGAGUACAUACAGACCUUGCCGAAUCACCACCGGGAGCUGCUGAGUUCAUACAGAAGCCACUUGAAGAAGCAGAAGGUGUGCAUACAGCAUAAUGGAGAAAUCAUCACCCAAAUCAUCAAUGGGGUGGAGAGCAUGUUUGAAAAUGUUCAACAUGAGCCUUUGAAUGAAGUAGCGCAAGACGCAAGCAGCCUAGACCUGGACAUCGAGAAAGUCAAGUCAACGAUUCGGCAAAUUGUACGCGACUGGUCACCUUUAGGGCAGAAAGAGAGAAGUCUGUGCUAUGACCCUGUUAUUGAACAGAUUGUACGUCUUUAUCCACCAGACUCUUUAGAUGCAUCCAGUAUUAACAUACUUGUACCUGGGGCAGGCCUGGGCAGGCUUGCACAUGAAAUAGCGAGAAGAGGAUACUCUUGUCAAGGAAACGAAUUUUCUCUGUUCAUGUUGAUGGCAUCAAACUUUAUUUUGAAUAAAUGUCGAGGACCCAAUUCUCUGCGGGUAUAUCCAUGGGUGCACACGGGAAGCAAUCAGUUGACCAACGAAAACCAAUUACAAGAAGCUACUUUUCCUGAUCAAGAUCCAUCCGAACUCCCUCCACAAGCACAAUUUACUAUUGCAGCUGGAGAUUUUCUAGAGAUUUAUACUGAAGCAAAUACUUGGGACUGCAUUGCAACCUCCUUCUUCAUCGAUUGUGCCAGCAACAUUGUAGCCUUCAUUGAAACUAUAUUCAAGAUUCUCAAGCCAGGAGGUUACUGGGUCAACUUAGGGCCACUCCUCUACCAUUUUGAGGAACAGCCGGAUGAACAUUCAAUAGAACUGAGCUAUGAGGAAGUCAGGCACAUUGUUGAGGGACUUGGAUUUGAAAUCACUGUGGAGAAGACAUCUGUGGAAACAACUUACACCCAGAAUGCCAACUCCAUGAUGCAUUAUGGAUACAGAAGUAUUUUCUUUGUGGCCAGAAAGCCCUCGUAAGGUUCUAUGGUUGGUUUUAAGCGUUAGUAUUUGACAAACGGGGCAUCUUGUCUUCAACUUUCUACCUCUUUUUACACUUUGGAUAUGACGCUGGAUAUCAAGGUACAGCUCGAGCGAUGUAGAUUUUUCCUUUCUUUAGAUUAGUCUGUACUGAUAGAACGCUGCAGCAUACAUAGAGUUACUCGACUAGAUAUUCAGUUUUGCACAGAACAGGUAAGUCUACCGAGAGACCUACAUAACUGUUUCAGCAACUUUGUGUGAAUAUUUUCUUUUCAGAUGCUGUUGUUAUUGGCUUAGUUUACUAUUUUCUAUAUGAAGUGUAUGGCAAAUUUAUCUUGCAACCUUGAAAGAGACAUUGAUGACAGAUUUUGCCUUCAAAUGUUCUUGCCUUUUUUUCUUAGCUUUGGCGUUUGUCAUUAUGCCUGUAGAAUGCGGGAAACUUGAUGUGUGGAAAUGUCAAGGUUUACUGUCAUGAAUUUAGAUGAAAUCUGUACUACAUAAUAGUACAAAACAUGGUAUAAAUUCAUUUGUAGUUGGUUUAUAUGUUCUGUAUGUUAUGUUAAAAUUCCCUUAAAUGUCUUGGUGUUUGUAUAUUAACUUCACUGAAACAAAGUGAAUGUUACACUUAGUUUGAGUGAAGUUCAUAUCUUUCAGUAUGGAGUUCAUCUGACAUUAAUUAAAAUAUGCAGGACAAGAAGUUGGAGAAAUUUCAAAGUGAAUAUUUAGUCUCCCUCACUAGAUCAAAACAUGCUUGUAGGUUCCAAGUUACGUUGUGUAAAAGACAUUUGUGUUUUUCAUCAUAAUAAGACUCAUUUGUAUUGGGUCUUUGAAUUAUAAUGAUUGUUCCAAACUUAGAUGCUUUGCCCUGUUAAAGUGUACUGUUAACUUUUAACAGUCUUUAAGUGAAAUUGUUAAUAGUAUUUCUCUUCCUUUAGAUUUUCCUUUGCAAAACCUUGUUGGACAUUUACUUAAACAUUUAUUAUUCAUUGUGUCCUACCAAAUUGAGGUCCUUACUUUACAAGUAGAUAGUUAUAUGAAUUGUUUAGUGUUCCCUUCCAAUUUUGGUAUUCGUGUGAGGUUAAGAAUUGCUUUGUAUUCUUACGUAAUUUGAUUGAUACCAAAGAAUUUAUUUUGGGGGCAUGUUUAACAGAAAAGUCUGAGUUCCCAAAAGGAUGUAAUACAGAUCCAGUUCUUACCGUAGAGUAUAGUAGAAUGUUUAAAGUGAAUGAAGCAGAAGUAAUCAGUAUCAAGCAUAUGUUGAUCUAGAAGGCCAUAUUUUUAUCAGCAGGAUUUCAUUUAUGUAGUCUUCAUCAUAGGUUGUCCCUAGAAAGCCACACAAAUUACAUUAAUAAUAUCAAGAUUUUUCAUUUAGCACUGAUUGCACAAGUUGUGCCCUUUUUUCCUUUAUUGGUCCUUGUUUUAUAUAUAUUCCCUCCAUCCUUGAAGAAGUUCCUAUGUUAUGUGGUUGUUGGCCCUCUCUUUUUGUGUAAUUUUCAACCUACUAACUGCCUCCGUAUUAUUGCUGCUAAUACUGUUUGAGUUAUUUUUUAAUUUGACCAUUAAUUCAAGUUUCUGAACUCAUCUGUCCCAAAAGAAUUCAUGCUGAGAUAAAGGGCAGUAAUUAAAGGAUGAAGAGUCAUUUUCAAGACUUCUCAAAGACUCAUUCCUCAAUGAGAGAUGGAAAAAGUUAGUGAACCACGACAGCAAAGUGGGAAUUAAGAAGAAGGUGGAAAAUUGAAAGGCACAAAGGAAGGCCUUAUGACUUAGGUUAUGAGGAAUGCAGCUGAUGAUUAGCAAUAUUUUUGUAGGUUCUUUGCUGUCUGUCUUUAACCUCCCGCUGAAUUUCCUUCUGCUUUUUUCAGCACUUUCUUUCUUCAACUUUUAUGCUAUCCCUGUUUCACCUUCCAUAUAAGAACAUCUAGCCAGCCCAUUAGAGUCCAGGCAUGACCUGGUAAUCUAGUUGAGUGUAGUGUUUAAAGGAUCACCGCAACUUGAAGUACUCCUUGCAUCGAACACUGUAGGCAAGGUUUUCAUUUGUUUCUAGGUGAUGACGUGUAUUUUAACGAUAUGGUAUACAAAAAUGUUAUGAAGUAGAAUGACAUCAAAGUUUCAGAGAAAUAAAAAUGUGAAAAUGUUCAAAAUCAGUUUAGGAUGUUAAAAACAUACUUCAAAUGCAGCAACAGAACUUAAUACUAUUGUAUUCUAGUGUUACAUUGGCGAACUUGCGGUAACCUAGAAACUUGACUCAUGUUUGUCAGUCAGAAACUCAACAUGGUAUAUAGGUCCAGGACUGUCUUGAAUAUAAUUUCCACAAAUUUAAAAAUUUAGUAGUGAUUUCUAUGCCUUUAUUCUUGAACUUUGGAAUAUUUUGUUGACUCUUUGGUGGCAGCAUUUGUUAUUUCUUUGGUGCUAAGAGUAUGGUUUGCAGGGCUACCAGAUGUAUGAUGGUACGUAAUUUAUAUGCUACUGGAGGACGUGGAACUAUGUCAAGUAUCAUGGCUGUUAUAUUUUGUCUUUGAGUGUAUAAGGUACAUUGUGUUGUUUAGGUUUGUUUCACCACAUCUUGUGCUUCUACACUGUUGCAAUGAUGGCAUGCUUCAAUGCAGAAAAUGCAUACUGUAUUCCAGUAUUUUCAUCUAGUAGUUACUUAGGUGAAUAAUUGCUCUUCAGUAUUGUACUGUGGCAAUCCUUUAUUGAGAUUUAACAAAUACUCUGUUUUGUGUUGUUUCUAUGUAGCCAAAUUUAUUUUGAAAGUUAAAAUACUACUGUUAGAUGCACAGCCACAGAAAAUUCUAAACUUUCUACCUUUUUAUACAAUGUUGAUAUCUUAUGGUGCACUUUGAUAAUGAUAUUUUGAAUGGGAGUACGUAUACUAGUCUGUUAAGAGGAAGUUUUAGAUAUGGUUUUCCCUUAUGUCAGAUCUGGGCUUGUACUUGCCAAGCCAGACAUGAUACUUAAUGUAAAACAAGCAAAUAAAAUUUUGGUUAUAUUUGUGUA